UACAAUUUUCUUUUUUACUACUUUUAUGGUUAUGAUGCUGGAAGCACAUGAAAAAUAUGACUAAUGUACCUUUGGUGUCAACAAUAAUCAUUUUUAAUUUAUAAUGUUUAUUACGAAAUACGUAUUCAAUAGUACACAAGGUGUAAAAUAUUAUGGCAACUGCUAUUCAAAAGAAUGGCAUGAAACCUUUAACAAAUGGAUCUUUAAAUCAUGUUGAAAAUGUUAGCAAUUUGGACAGGACGGAAAUAUGCUCCGAUACAAAAGAUGUCCAGCUUUUUCAAGCUCAAGCUCAAAUGGGAGCACCAAAAAUGGAAGAAAUCGAUACGACAGAGAUCGACAUUGUUAUUAAUAAUGUUGUAUGUAGCUUCAGUGUAAGAUGCCAUUUAAAUUUACGAGAAAUUGCUCUAAAUGGAUCUAAUGUGGAAUACAGAAGAGAAAAUGGGAUGAUAACAAUGAAGUUACGAAGACCUUACACGACAGCAUCUAUAUGGUCAUCGGGUAAGGUAACUUGCACAGGCGCGACAAGCGAGGAUCAAGCAAAAGUUGCAGCACGUCGUUUUGCACGAUCAUUGCAAAAACUUGGUUUUAAAGUCCGCUUCAAUAACUUUAGAGUUGUUAAUGUUCUGGGCACGUGUUGUAUGCCUUUUGCCAUCAAAAUUACAUCAUUCUCAGUACGGUACAAGGAAAAUGCAGAUUAUGAACCAGAGUUACACCCUGCCGUUACGUAUAAAUUGAAGGAACCAAAAGCAACUCUUAAAAUAUUUUCUACAGGAAGCGUAACUGUUACAGCUCCUAAUGUAGCGUCUGUUCAAGCAGCAAUUGAAUAUAUCUUUCCACUAGUCUACGAAUUUCGCAAGGAACGAACGCCGGAAGAUAUUCGUGCUUUACAAAUGAAAAAACGAGGAUUGGGGAUGGGAAAGCGAAGUUUGGAAGAAGAGUUCCUACAUGAUCCAGACCAAGUAAUAGAAGAAGACGGUAUCUUGUCUGAAGAAGAUGAGGUCGAGCCUAAAAGCGAUGCCAGCUGGGACUGAUUUGUUUUUUCUUCUGUUAUGUGAAAGUGUUAUCUCUUACUUCUUGAUGACAGAUACGUACUAUAAUUGUGUAUGAAAGUGUUUCGUAGGAGUGAACUGAGGCAUAAUUCAUUUUUCGCGUAAAAAUAUAGAACGAAUGUGAGAGUGUUUGGAUCGCGAACACAAUUGUAAUCGUAAUCAUCAUAAAUUCCCAUCAACGACACAAAUCGACCAUCGACACGUAUCACUAAUUUACUUUUGCUUUAGAGAUAUCUUCUUUCUAUCAAUGAUAUAUCAUGUUUCUCUAGUUGUAUAAUUUCAUUAGGUAAAAACUUUUGUCUUUAUUUAAUGCGCGAAUGACUGUAAUUUUUUUGUUUUGAAGAAGCUUAUAUUUAGAUGAAUCAUUACUGGUACAGCUCUUUCCAACUUAUGUGCUGUUUAAAGCAUCGAGGAUAAAUAAUAGGAAAAUGCUUCUCAAAGAUCACUGGUCAAACUACUACGCUUCACUUCUUGCAUAACUUGCAAACUAUGAAGUUUCCACAUUUUCGUUCUCUUUCUAUUUUAUUAAUAUACUGUGCCAAAGAUGGAUGUUCAAAAUUCAAAGGAAAGUGUAACAAACUUACAAGGGUUUAAAUUUUGUUCAUAGUAAGUUUAAGUUCUCCGUUUCUUAUUUCCUACUUAAAUAGACGCAAAACUAUUUUAUUUAAUCAACCGAAGCUUGUGUACGUCUCAAAACAAAGGCUAGCACAAAUGCGAUUAUGUAUUUAAAGUAAAUUUAGAUUCACUCGCCAGCCUAUCGACUUAUGUGACGCAAUAUCUUUGCACCGAUAUUAUUAGUGCCGCCAAUAACCCAUACUCGCUAAAACAUUUCAUCUCGCGAUGGUUGUUCAUUCGACACAUAACUGAGCUCGUUUCAUGUCGAUCGAGCUUCGCAUUUGUUAGCAGGUUAUUAAACUUUAGUCAAAUAAUCACGCGAUAUUCGCUUGAUUGUUAUUUAACUUAACUGAACUGUUGCAUGUGGCAUCUUUUCGAGUUUCCUAUCUUGAGGGGUACUUCGAAAUUGUAAGUUACCCGAAUAACUUUUGCACGCGCAGUAUUGUACUUUCUCCUAUAAAAUGGAGUAAAGAAUGAAUCCGGAAAGUGCCCGUGCGACUGACAGUUGUAAAAAAGUUAACAUGUAUCUUAAAUUACAGAAAAUGAGUACCCAUAUGUCUGUGUGGACAUAAGCCCAAUGAGAGCAUUGAACUGCUUUAGCAAAAAUACUCCUGUCUGAUUUCGUGAUUCUAUGAUUUCGAGAACAUGAUUUCUUUAAAUAAUUAUGAGAAGACCUACAGUUAUUAAUAACAAUACACAUUGAUACUGUAUCAUAAGAAAUAACUGGAAGGGAUUGAACAAAUAUCAAUAGCUGGCGUCAUCUCGAAAUUCUUUUUAAAAAUCAGUGUUUAAAACUAUAUUCCGUGAAGAUACAUUAAUAAUAUGUCAUAAAUUUUACGGUAUACUUAUAUCACAAUUAUGAGAUUACACAAAAAGUAGACUGAGGAAAGCACAAUAAUGAUCAGUCAAAACUGUGGAACAUUAUAAUACUUGUUCUGCCACACGAUACAUAGUAUUACUUUUGUUCUUUUGAAAUAUGUCGUCAAUCGUAAGAACCCUAAAUACAAUUUCUUUUUUAUCCAACGAUGAGUAUUUUUAAUUUGGGGUUACCAAUGUUGACAUUUACUUUAGUACAUAUGUACACGUUUUAGAUUUCGUAAAUUUGAUUGAAUUAAAAAUUGACUUCCGUUUGCAUCUAAAAUAACAUUCAAGAAAUUUUAAAUAUAAUAACAUUAGUAUUAACGGUUGCAACCCUACCUGUUAAUCUGUUUAAUUUCAAGGGCUCUGGUCUCGGAAGACUUUCUGAAUAUUAUGGAUUGCAUUAAGACUUUUAAUUGCAUUAAUAUUUUUAAAUUAUAUGACUACCUAAUUUGUUUUAAGUGUGUAUGGGUUUUUAGCGCUGAAUAAGUUCAAAUGAGUGACAUCAGCAGUUUUGCAGAAAUUUUAUGUUCAAGUUUCUGUUAUGUAAAGUAAUCCAUGGUAAUUCCAAUGAAAAUGAGUUCGUACACAUGAUGGAUUUCCCCCUAUUCCGGACGAUGUUCUGUAAUUACGAAUGUAAUGUAAAGUGCUGUAUAAUGUAACAUCCGCGAUACUAAAAUUAAGGCAGUUUAUUUCGUCUACAUAAUAUAUUUAUUAUUCAUUCAUUCAUUUAGUUUAUUCACGACAGGAAUACUAAGUACACUUUAGUAUCAUAAAAGUUACUAUAUUUUACUAAUAUUUUACCAUUUACUUUAUCAUUAGAUUCAAUACUUUAUCAUAGAAUCUUUAGAUAUACAGAUUGCGAUCAAAUGAGUAACGAAUAAAUUUCUGUCUCUAAAAGCUAAAGUGCGAAUAUUAA